AUGAGGACGCCGUUUUCUUGCCUAUUGCCGGCUCUGCUGCUCUCCCAGGUUUGUGCAGCAGGGCGGGAACAAAUCACCCCAAAUGAUCCUGAAACGACAGGGAUUGUUGGAAAUACAGAGCAGCAGCAGGCUCCAUUCACAACGCCAGUCCCAGAGCCUCGACCUGUCAGCCAACGUGUCCAAAAUGCCUGGGAUAAGCUCCGGAAAGUGAAACCUGCCGUCUCCAUCGUCGAUAAACCCUCGGGACUCAUCGGGUACACCCUUCACUAUGGCCGGGAAGCCUUUCGCAUGCUGUUCUUGAAUGCGCCAACUACCGAUAAAUCUGGUCGAAAAAUCAAUCCGGUAGUCAAAAGUGCAGUGGAAGAGCUAAAACUAGCCGUCGAUGAUGAAGAGGACCCCGAUGCGAUGUUCCUUCUAGCCGAGAUGAACUUCUAUGGCAACUUCACACACCCGCGCAACUUCAGCGAAGCUUUCCAAUGGUAUAACGAAUUGGCAUGGCUGACUGGGAAUAGCACUGCACAGUAUAUGGUUGGCUUUAUGUAUGCAACGGGAAUUGGCGAUGCAGUCGAGCGGGAUCAGGCAAAGGCCUUGAUUUACCAUGAAUUCGCCGCGGAAGGGGGAAACACACGUUCGGAAAUGACCCUGGCAUAUCGGUAUCAUAUGGGCAUUGGGACACCGAAGAAUUGCGAUCAUGCACUCUAUUACUACAAGAAAGUCGCCGACAAGGCUAUUGAUUACUAUCGAUCGGGCCCGCCAGGUGGCCAUGCUAUGAUUCGGGAUUCAUAUCGCUGGGCGGACGAAGAAGGCGGUGUCUACGGACAAGGAGCUAGUGUGUCAAGUUCUGGGCAUAAUGCAGCGGAUCCGUCCCAGUCUGGCAGUGAUGCUAGCGUGGAAGAUGUGCUGGAGUUCCUAGACCUGAUGUCUCGCAAAGGCGAGUUGAAGGCUACAUUCACACUCGGAAAAAUGAACUACGAGGGAGCGCACGGCCUACCUCGUAAUUUCCGUAAAGCUAUGAAGUACUUCAGAGCUGUCGCCAAGCGCUACUGGAACUUGGAUGGAUCGUUGAUUCAAACUUCUGCUGCCGGACUGGACAAGCUGGCUGCCAAGGCAGCGGGACACAUCGGUCUCAUGUAUCUUCGCGGAGAAGGUGUAGAGCAGAAUUUCAGCAAUGCAAUCACCUGGUUCCGACGGGGCAUGCAGAAUGGGGAUCCGCUCUGUCUGCAUGAGAUGGGACUUGUGUACCUCAAUGGGUAUGGUGUACCUGCGGAUGCGUUUAAGGCCUCGUCAUAUUUCAAGGCCGCGGCAGAACAGGAUAUGCCGGCGGCGGAAACGCGUCUUGGUGCUCUUUUCCUGGACCAAGGAGAUGUGGCCACUGCGACCCGAUACUUCGAGCUAGCCGCUCGAUGGGGUUGGAUGGAGGCAUAUUAUUACCUCGCGGAGAUGGCAAACUUUGGCGUUGGUAGGCAGCCGCACUGUGGUGUUGCCGCAGCAUAUUACAAAAUGGUCGCUGAGAAAGCCGAAGCUGUCCACUCUUCCUUUGCAGAAUCAAAUGCGGCCUAUGAGGCUGGUGAUCGAGAGGGCGCUCUCAUUCCAGCUAUGAUGGCCGCCGAACAAGGGUAUGAACAUGCUCAAGCGAACGUUGCUUUCAUCCUGGACGAGCAGCGCUCUUUGUUCUCGCUAGAUCGCUUCCUACCAUGGGUGCAGAAAUCUCGACCCAAUCUGCUGCGUAACACAGCGCUGGCAUUGAUCUACUGGACCAGGUCUGCGAAGCAGUCUAAUAUUGACUCCUUGAUCAAGAUGGGGGACUACUACUUGAAUGGUAUUGGGGCCGUAUUCGAUGCUGACAAGGCCUCGGCCUGCUAUCACAACGCCGCCGAGGCCCACCAAAGCGCACAAGCCUACUGGAACCUUGGCUGGAUGCAUGAGAAUGGCGUCGCUGUGGCUCAAGACUUCCAUAUGGCUAAACGGUACUACGAUCUCGCACUAGAGACUAACUCCGAAGCAUAUCUACCCGUCAAGUUGAGCUUAUUGAAGCUGCGUGCCCGGGGUUACUGGAAUCGCAUCACCAAUGGAAAUAUCAACCCUAUUCGUGACGACGAAGGUAAUUACUACCUGCUCCAUAUUAUGUACAUGAGGAAUACGCUGACCUGUUUCACAGAUGUGAGGCCCCGCCGGACCUUCAGGGAAUGGAUCACCGCAUUCAUCGAAAAUGAUGAGGCUGACUACUACAACGAACUAUAUGAAUCCCGUGAAGAUGAUGAUGAAUUCAUGGGAUCACGAAGCUUGGAUUCUGACCAUGACGAUGGUUACUACGACGACCUCGAUCUGGAUAUUGACGGGGACAUGCUGGAGGGCCUACUCAUUGUUGGACUGGCUGCCACGCUACUUGUGCUGGUUUAUAUUCGCCAGCAACAACAACGUAAUCGGCAAAACCAGAACGCUGCAAACCAGGGCGGUAAUGCCAACAUGAAUGCGAACGCCAAUGCCAAUGCCAAUGCCAACGUCAACGCCAACGCCAACGCGAAUGGAAAUGGGAAUGGGAAUGCUAAUGCUAAUGACCGGGGAUUCUUCCCGCAGCCUGGUGACCCUGAGUUUGGGCAGUGGGUAGCAGGUGGCGUGGGCCAUUAA